UCUUCUUCUUGGUCUUCCUUCUACACUAGCUCUUUUUUGAUAUCUUGUUUGAUCAAAGUAAUAAUGGAGAAAACAUUGAAAGAGACAGGUGUGGUGGUGACUGUGUAUGUGGAGACACAACAACUAAGAAGAAGAUUAUCAUCAAAAUCAAAAUCAAAUGGUAACAAAUAUUAUAACAGGAAAGCUGAGCUCCUCAAUUAUUCAAGGCAACUCAGACAAUCUUCAUCAUCAUCAUCUCCUUUCCCUGCAACUCAUCUUUCUUCCACCACCACCACCAACAAUAACAGUAAUAAUAAUACCACAAAGAAUGAGAUAACACAGAUAAGUAGCAAGUCGAAGAAAAGUGGUGGACAGCCUACUUGUUGGGGGAAAUGGGGUGAUACAGUUUCAAGCUUCUUAAGAUCUCUAACCACCACUAUCCAUUUCAAGAAUAGGAAAGAGAGCAAGAAGAGAUUCCUGUAAUAAUAAUAAUGCUGUUUGACGACUACACAAAUAAAUUAAAACAGACCAUACCCUGAAAACAUAAUAAGCUACAUCAAACAUGUUUAUUAAGAAAAUUAUAUAAAAAUAUUUCAACAAA